AUGUGCGUGCAGCCCAUGCAUGCAUUUGCCGGAGACGUCAAAUGGAAGCUCUGGUGUCAGCAACCAGAACCCUCCGGUCACGCCACUUUGGCUCUUUGGCGUGAGCGCGCUGGUGCCCAAUUGGACCGCCACCUGAACUCGACACUGGAUGAACCUUCAAUUUCUUUCUCCAACUGCACCGUCAUCCUUCGCCUAUCCCUAAAGUCUCCUUGGGUCCACAAUGAUGGUGCCGGGCAGGGAUGCUGCCCAAUCCACACGCGCCAGGCUCUCCACUACCCUUCAAUCCGCCCUGUAUCCUCCGCCAGCAGGGUUUUCAUGGUGGGCGGCAGGCAGGCAGGGGCAGGGGAGGGGGGUGUUGGUCUAAAGUUGUCAAGCUUCUUUGUCGUCCCCGCCCCCCUUUUCUCCCACGACCGACCCAGGUUCGUCCCCUCCAACCAGAAAGGGGGAGUUUGGUACGAGCAGGGUUUCUCCGUGAGGGAACCCAGGUCCCGUCCUCGUACCCGUGCAGGUUACGACGUGCCUGCGGGUCUUGGAACGUGA